AUGACCCGUGAUGAUAAAGUGUUUAUAAUCGGUGAAGAGGUUGCUCAAUACAAUGGUGCUUACAAGAUCACUAAGGGAUUGUUGGAAAAGUUUGGUGAUCAAAGAGUGGUUGAUACACCCAUCACUGAAAUGGGUUUUACUGGUCUGGCUGUUGGUGCUGCUCUUGCAGGUCUCAGGCCUGUUUGUGAAUUCAUGACCUUCAAUUUCGCUAUGCAGGCCAUCGACCACAUCGUCAACUCAGCAGCAAAGACACGGUACAUGUCUGGUGGAACACUAUCAUGUCCCAUCGUCUUCCGUGGACCAAACGGAGCAGCAGCAGGAGUCGGUGCUCAACAUUCUCAAUGUUUUGCAGCAUGGUAUGGAUCUAUACCAGGUCUCAAAGUCAUAUCUCCAUAUUCAGCCGAAGAUGCUCGAGGAUUGAUGAAGGCUGCCAUUCGAGAUCCAAAUCCUGUUGUCGUGUUGGAAAAUGAAGUCAUGUAUGGUGUUUCGUUUGAUGUUGGUGAGGAAGUUAUGAAUAAGGACUUUGUGCUGCCUAUUGGGAAGGCUAAGAUUGAACGAGAUGGCAAACAUAUCACAAUCGUUGCUCAUUCUCGAGCAGUCCAUUUUGCACUUGAAGCCGCCAAAAUAUUAGAAAAGGAUGGCAUUUCAGCAGAGGUCAUCAAUCUACGAUCCAUACGACCACUUGACAUUCCAACCAUUGUCACUUCAGUGAAAAAGACAAACCAUCUUAUAUCAGUUGAAGGUGGAUGGCCUCACUUUGGUGUGGGAUCAGAAAUCGCUGCUUCAAUCAUGGAGAUGGAUCUUGUAUACACUGUAAUGCCACAAAUUUUCCCAUCAGGACCGUCUGUAACUUUUUUCUUGCUUUUAUCAGGUGAAGCCUUUGAUUAUUUGGAUGCUCCAGUGUAUCGAGUGACGGGUGCUGAUAUACCCAUGCCAUAUGCCAAAAACCUUGAAGAUCUGUCACUGCCGGAUACAUCUGCUAUUGUCAAGACCGUGAAAAAAUCCUUGUCUCGUUCUAAGAACUAG